AUGUCUAACCGCGUAUCUUUCAACGUAUCAAUCCACUCAUCAAUCCACGUAUCUAUUAACGCGUCUAACCCUGCAAAAUAUCCACGUAUCUAUUCACAUUUCAAACCACGUAUCAAUCCACGCAUCAAUCCAUGUAUCUGCCCACGGUUCCCUGCACGUAUCUAUCCACAUAUCCAAAGACGUAUCUAUCCAGGUAUCCAACCACGUAUGUAUCCACGUAUCUAUCCAGGUAUCCAGCCACGUAUCAAUCCACGUAUCCAAAGACGUAUCUUUCCACAUAUCAAUCCAUAUAUUUAUCGACGCAUCCAUCCACGUAUAUAUCAACGUAUCUAUCCACGAAUCUAUCCACGUAUCUAUUCACUUCUCAAUCCAGGUAGCAAUCCACGUGUCUAA